GUUUACGCAACUUUUGACAUUUGACAUCUGUCAAUUUGUUAUGUAAAAGUGUUGUGGGCCCCCUUAGAAAUGGCAAGUUUAUUUCGUGUUGGAGUGUGCCGUUUUGUAGGCAAAAACGGUAACAAUUUGUUGCUUAAAAAUGACAACCCAACGCAUUUAUUGAGAACUAUCACCAGUAAAACCAUGAUGAAAGGUGAUAGGCCCAAAAAGCCUGAACCGUACCCUUACAACACGAAGAAAUACGGUUUUUUGAAAUCUCUAAUCGAUAGGACUACGCCUAGAAUGGAUGAGAACUCUAAGCUGUUGGUUGUUGAGGGGCCUAUAGCCGCAGGUAAAAGUAAGUUCGCGCAAGAGUUAGCUAAAGAGAUGGGUAUGUUGUACCUACCUGAAGCCAAUUUAGACAUGUAUUACAUAAACGAUUACGGUUUUGAUUUGCGAACGCUCGACAAUGAAAUGCCGGAGGGUUGUAAGAGUUUUGAUGUUAUGGAUUUCAUGAGGAACCCGCAAAACAUGCUGACGGCGAGAAUGCAGCUGGAAAUAUACGAAAUAAAGUUUUCACAAUAUAUUGAUGCUUUGGCGCACAUUUUGAGCACUGGGCAGGGUGUCGUUUUGGAUAGGUGCGUUUUAUCCGACUAUGUGUUCACCGAGGCCAUGUACAGUUCGGGUUAUUUGUCCAAACGAGCCCGCAGAAAGUAUUACGAAUACCGCGAUAAUACAGUGAGGGAGUUAUUGAGGCCCCACUUAGUAAUCUACCUUGAUAUGCCGGUAAAAAAAGUCAUGGAAAACGUUCAAAAGCGAGGCAUCAGUUGGGAGAAGAAUUCUCCUGUUAUAACCCCCAAAUAUUUGGAGUGCAUGGAGAAGGUUUACAAGCAGGAAUAUUUGAAGACUAUUAGUACUCACUCUGAGUUGUUGGUUUAUGAUUGGUCUGAGCAGGGGGAAGUGGAAAUUAUCAUUGAAGACAUUGAAAGAAUCGAUUUUGAUAAUUAUGACUAUCAAGAUCCCAAAAUGAAGGAUUGGGAUUUAGCCAGAGAGGAAGAUUGGAAUGUACUAAGGCGUUUGUAUGCAGACCAAAAGGAAAAAUUAAUGAGUCUAUUUAAUAUUCCUUGCUAUGAAGUACCAGAAUUAAUGAUAGAAGCUGAAGAUGCCGAUAGGUACUACCAAGUAUUACAAAGUGCUCCUGGUAUGAAAUAUGAUAAGGGUUAUAAUGUUGAUCAGGGAGAUCAAGGAGUGUUGUUGAAAAGUUCCAACCCCCCAAGAAAUACACUGCCAUUGAGGGAAAGAAGGCAACUUUGAUGCAACUUGUAAAUACAAUGUAAAGUUUUUUAAUAAAUAAUUUAAUUUAAAUGUUAAAUAAAUCAAUACAAAUUAUACCAUAGCUUGUUUAUUUAUUUAUUCAAAUAUACUACAAACAUAUUCACACCAAUAACUCUCAUUUUUUCUUUCCCAUUGCCAUGGAUAUCAACGUGUAGUAACUUUGAAUCACUCCCAUGCCUAUCAAAGUAGCAGUUACAAUGAAGAGUGCUUUAUCUCCAAACCCCGAUUUCAGGUAAACUGGGACGCCAUUAUCCUCUUGGUACGCAGUAUUCUUGCGCAGAAUCGCUUCUGUUGGUUUGCUGUAAGCUCUCGCGCCUUUUAAGGCUUCCCGAGAGCCCUUUUGCAAAACACGUCCAAUCAAUGUAGCCGACAUUUCCACUGUUACAUAG